UUGCUGGACCAUCCCGAUCCGGAGAGACGCCGCAAAACGUGUCCGGCGAAGGUCAAGGUGAGAGCGCUAAAACCACGGCACCGCAUCUAAAAGGAAUGAAGACCUUAGAUUGCUACUAUGUUUCCAAAACGGACGACGACCUGGAUGCUAUCCUAGCUAGAAUGUGCGCGAGAGAUGGGAUACCUUUUACAGUUUUCUGUACCUCACCGGACCUACGCGGACUUUUGGCUGCUAAAGGAUAUAAAAACCUUCCAACCCAUCACAACACGAUCCGCCGGCGUGUCCUCAAACACUGUGCUCGCCUGAAGUGUGACGUGAAAGCGAAGCUGGCCGAAGAAUUGUCAAAUGGCAAACGGUUCUCACUUACGAUCGACGAGUAUACGUCCCUGAAAAACCGUCGCUAUAUGAGCGUGACUGUCCACUGCGAAGGUAACAUGUGGGGUCUCGGUGUCGCGCGUUGUCACGGAUCGAUGCCAGCAGAGAAAUGUCUGGAUCUUCUGCAGGGCAAGCUGGCAGAAUUUGGCCUUGAACUCAGUAAGCACGUCACCUGCGUCACAACCGACGGAGCUUCGGUGAUGGUGAAAUUCGGGAAGUCACUGCCAUGUGAGCACCAACUCUGCUUCGCACACGGUGUUCACCUCGCCGUUGUCGACGCUCUGUACUCGGGUGACGCCGGGCAGACCUCUGAACAAGCAGAUGACGACCGUGGUGGUGGUGGACCUAACCAGGUGAACUCGUCAGAUGAAUCCGACGGUGAUGACGAGGAUGAGGACGACAACGUGGAAGAAAUUAACUUUUC